AUGCCCCCCCAGCCAUACUUCCCACUUUGCUGCGCUCCCCUGGCUGUGCCCAUCCCUGCCCAGGCUUCUCACCGCUGUCUCUCUCUGUCCCCAGCGCUCACCACCAUCGACUGGCAGGAUUUGGCAGCCUGUGCCCCCAUCCUUCCUGCCACUCCGUCUGGCCCUGUGACCCUGCAGCAGGAUGGACAGGAGUUUGAUCUCCAGGAGUUCAGAGGUGCUGUCGAUGAUUUUAUAUCUGAUACAUCCACCUUAAUGCCACCGCCACUGGACUGCGCUGACUUUGAUUUCUCACUCGACGAGGAGGUGGCCUUUGGCCCCCUGCCCCACGCAGAGAGCAGCGUGCUGGAGCAGAUGCCCCCACAGGGCCUGCCUCCCCCUGAGCCGUGCUGGAGGGACCUGGCAGACCAGCACCAGGAAGCACUGGGAGAUGCCCUGGAGGCAAACAGCCAGCUGCAGGAGACCCUCACGCAGAGGCAGGAAGAGCUGGCGACGCUGCGGGAGAGCAAAGUGCAGCUGAAGGAGCUGGCGAGCCAGGCCAGGCAGCUGGCUGCCGUCCUUGACACGCUGAUGCUCCCUCAGUGCGCCGACGGGGCGGCCCUUCCUCCUCCUCCUCUUGCGGCGGGCGUGGACGCCAUGCUGCGGGAGGUCUCGGAGAAGUGCCGCGCUGCGCUGCGGAGCCUGGGGGGCAGCCCGGGGGGCAGCCCCACGGCCAAGCGCCCGCGGCCGCCCCCGGCCCUGCACGGCGCCUUCCGCGGGCUGCGCACCGGCCGCGCCGCUCCGCGCCCGGGCGAGGGGGGCGCGGAGGGGGGCGGCAGCCUGCGGGCGGACUUGGGGGGUGCGGGCGGCAUCCGCACCCUGGCCUUCCCGCAGGGCAACGCCUUCACCUUCCGCACCGCCGCCGGCGGGUACCGCUUCCGAUGGGUGCCGCGCUGA